GCGUAUCUGUGGGUGCAACACGCUCGAGUUGCAAGUGGCAUAAAUGAAUGUGAGCACUGUGUUGGUGGCCUUAAAAGAGGAUAGCAGUGCAGACUCCCCAUCAUAUCUGUUUUAGCCAGACACACGCAAUGACAAGUCUCGCCUUUGUCUCGCUUUUACUUGUGACUUCCUUGGUGUCCACAGCCACAGCUCAAGGUGGGAUUGGAAGUUGCUGUCGCCACAUUUCAAACACUCAGGUGCACCGAGAGUUGUUGAAGAGUUACUAUGUACAACAUCAACCAUCAUGCAAUCUACAUGUUGUGGUAUUCACCACGCUGAAAGACAAGAGAAUUUGCUCUGCGCCCAGCAAAUUGUGGACCCAGACAAGCAUGGCUUUCCUAGACGGAAAGAACUGGCACCACCAACAUACGACCUCACAACAGCAGCACCACUGACACAACGGCCACCUUCACACAUAAAAUACAACACUUUUGAAUCUAAAAUAAACAGUCCAUAGCUCCCAUUUUUUUCUCUACUGUUUGAGAUCCACAGAUUUAAGUUAAAUAUCUAUUGUAUUUGUUUGUUUUUUUGUUUAAUUUUCAAAUUCUGACCUUUUGUAUGAAUGUAAAUAUGUAAAUAACUUGUUACUUUCAUAUUGUAAUGAUA